GGAAAUUGUCAUAUGUCCCAGUGGCUGCGACCGAUUGGUUGUUCGACGUCAAAAAAGGAGGACGGUACACAACAACACUUGAAAGAAUUAACAACAACACCCUCUUUCAGUCCUCAAUUAACCAUCAAAGAUGGCGAUCUGUUGUAUUACUUCAGAGCAGAAUGUAAUGGUAUCACGAAAGCAACAAGAAAAGUAGAGGAUUCGGCGCUUGCUCCGAGCCAGUCAAAGACAACAACCGUGGCUUGCCAGCAUAGAAGUCCAGUGCGACGGCGUAUGUACUCGGUAGAACUGCUCUUCUUUUCCUUUUCUUUGGUGGGUGCCAAUUGUAAUCUUAGACUAGCGAUUGCACUCACAUGCAAGGUAGGACUCGCGUGGCAGCGGCAUAGGGAAUGUGUCACAUACUCCGUACAGCCAUGCCGCCGGGCGUACGUUGUCAGAAUUUUUUCGGAGAGUCCGGGCCGGCAGGUAAACCUUUGACGUGGGACGAUAGUGUUUUCUCGUAGUCCUGUAGACUUAGUGGCCCAGCGGACCAAAGCAACAGCGCCUGCACUUUGACGCUGUGGCUGCCAUUCCUUUUGUCGCCAGAGGAACCCGACUUGGUAAUGUAGCCAACGACGUUGACCCAUUCACCAGCCCGUGUUUGCUCUUGGUUCAGUGACUGGAGAAUAAGAUUCACGUCGACCAGUGCCUGAACCCGCGAUUGGCGGGGAUCGAAAUCACGGUCGCCCAGGUGAAAUGUGUUUUCGAGCGUCAGGGUUGCAUUACUGGUCGCAUAAGAGGUGACGCAACCCAGAAACCUCACUUUGUCUCCAAUUUCGCAUGAAGGAAGCGCCGAAAUCGAGACUAGUCUUGAUGGAGGAGGACCAUUCGACAUGACGGGAAUGACCUGUGGCUGGCUGGACUAUUUAGAUCUGUUAACAAACAGUUGACUGCCUGCCCGGGUGGAACCUUGAGCAGAUGUGCAGGUAAAACGGUACCUUGCAAAAAUGCUGCUGUGGCUCAUUUCUGGAAUCUACUUGCAUCAUACCCCCGUCCCGUGCCCAGGCAGCUGGCGUCGGACCUACCAGAUGACAUCGCCGUCAUUCCCACCCCAACCAGCAACUUCGGACUUUGGCGACGAAAACAUUCCCGAGCACCGCGUUGCGGCUCGCACCUAUUGAACUACAACUCGAAGUUAUCGUUGGCUCUAUCCAUUUACGAUCUUUAAUUCGACGACUACGUAACGAGAGUCUUGCGUCGACUCGUACCCCGCCAUACAACUCGGCUUAUCAAGUUCCGCGCGGGGCGAGAUAGGUUAGCCGUGACGCAAGCCCAAGGCAGCGUUCACGUCGGAAGCGAACCAGACGAUAGACGAACUUGACCUACGGAAGCUGGUCUCAACAAGACUCUUAUCGGGAAGGGCUGAGUUGGACUCUAUACCAGCACGUUGGUGUUUAUUUACACAGCAAGAAAUUAAUCAUGUCGGGCGUAUGGGGAUGGUUCGGCGGAAACGCCGCGCAACGGCGAAAGGACACGCCCAAGAAUGCCAUCUUGGGUUUGCGGUCACAACUCGACAUGCUUCAGAAGCGUGAAAAGCACCUGCAAAAUCAGAUUUCCGAACAGGAUGCCAUCGCGAGGAAGAACAUUUCAACAAACAAAAAUGCCGCCAAGGCCGCUUUGAAGAGGAAGAAGACACAUGAGCACAGUCUUGAUCAAACACUGUCACAGAUCGGGACCCUUGAGCAGCAGAUAAACGCCAUCGAGUCUGCAAACAUCAACAUGGAGACGCUCGAGGCCAUGAAGAAGGCAGGAAAGGCCAUGGAGGACAUACACGGAAAGCUCACGGUGGAGAAGGUCGACGAGACCAUGGACAAAUUGAGGGAGCAGAAUGCUCUGAGCGAGGAGAUUGUCAAUGCCAUCACAAACAAUCAACUAAACGAUGGGAUCGACGAUGCCGACCUGGAGGACGAGCUGGAAGCGAUGGAACAGGAGCAACUGGACGAGAAAAUGCUCAAGACCGGGUCAGGGCCGAUAUCGGAGGCAAUCCAGCGCUUACCAGCAGUUGCACAUGGAGAACUCAAGGGAAAGGCAACAGCCGUCGAGGAAGACGACGAGGAGGCAGAGCUCAGGAAAUUGCAGGCAGAGAUGGCCAUGUGAGAUGCGAUAUAAUCACUCUGCCGUGGGCCCUCGCCUUCAAGCCUCGGUGCAGCAGUCUGCGGAGGCAGACAUUCAAUGUCACUUCAUCUGGGUAUCUCAGUUUAUCGCGCAAUUGCUUCAUCUGCUUCAAUUUUCAUUCGCCACAAUCACACCUACCCAUUCGUUCUGCAUGCUUGCCGGACACCGUACAUUUACCUAUUUGAAAGUUUUGUCCUGUUCACACUUGAGGGAGUCUUGGAUCGGCGCCAUGGAGUUUUGCGACUAGACAGUAAUAUCAAGGAUUUUGCAUCCCAAA